GCGAGCCUCAACUUGCGACGACGUGUUCAUGACGUUUCCCUUUCACUGUGGAGAGGGGAGAGGGGGCGCUGCGGAGUACCUAGGUACCUCGCCAUGGCGCCUUUCCCCAUCUCGGUCACAUCUGACGUCUGUUCAAGCCUUUCCAGGGGCUUUCCGGGGGCGCCGCCGAGGAAACAAGACGCCCCAAGCAAAGCUUCAGCGGCUUGACCCGGGUCUUGGGUCUUGGUGUUGGCUUGCCCCGACAAAGCAGGCGGGCAGACAGACUGGCGGGACAAGUGAUGCGUCGUCGACUCGCCGCCCGUCUCCCUGACCAAUUCGCGCAGGACGACAAUGGCAUCAGGGCACUAAGAAUGGUGCAAUAGCCGUUGCCCGCCAUGUGAUUGGCCCCUCUGCGGCCCAUCCCUGGAGCACAUCCCCACACUAUCGGGACUGCAGCUUGGCAUGUCUGCAUGUCAGCCGCACGUCGUCAAUCUGGCGUCCUGACAGCCUGACAGCCUGACCAUUCUGCCAUUGCGCCUGCGUCGCUUGUUCGGGCUGCUAGGCGCACACCACCGCACCGCCAGCAACCUUAGAUCUUGGGACGGGUGGGGGUUGAGAUUUUUUCCCUCGCCCUACCUUGCCAGGCUUGCCCGUCCACCACACAUUCAGGCAUGUCAGGCCGCGACCACACUAUAUACACUACAUACACAGUAGUAGUAUCUACAGUGUGUGCCCCUCGAUCCCGGACGGCGCACCCUGAGCUCGAUACCCACACGGCCCACCGCCUCGGAGAUCUGUACCGGUUGUGAGUCGAGUCGACCUGUCCUGUCGACCUGUCCUGUCGACCUGUCCUGUCCGCCUACGGUCCAAGGACCUGUCCUGAACCGCCAGCUCGCCUCUCCUGUUGCCCGCCCCAGCCCACCCAGGUGGGCAUGGUAUGCGUGCACCAUGUUCAACAAAGAGCAGGCUCGGUGUCGGUGAUAUGAUGUCCGUACCCGUCCAACCGUCAGCACAGGCUGCAGCUGCUAGUCCGUCUUGGAUAGGGCAGGGUUCCUCGAUCACGCAAUCUAGAUCCGCCAUCCACCCCCCGGGGUAUCCCGCCACGGCCGCUCCUCCUUUUGAUAUUCCAUAUUUCAUAAUGUCACAAUGCUCCAGCUCAAGAUGCUCCUCUCAAGAUCCCGCCCUCCUUCACUCUGUGCGCCAUUUCCACCGCCCCCCUCCCUCCUCGCCUGCCCCGUGGGAUAUCGCUUCCACGCCUUUUCCCUGGCGAGACCCUGACCUUCGGGACUUUUACCAGCGCUACUGUCUGUCCCCUGGCAUUGGACAUUGGAAGGAGUCGGCCCAGUUCGCAUUGGGCUCUGGUCUUGUUUAGACGAAUUGCGACAUACGCCAGCGACUCUCGCCAUCUCGAAGCCUGUAUCCCUCUUGUGGAUUUGAAAAGACCAGCACGCGGCUGCCUUCACAAGGCCCGCCGUCGCUGUGGCCUGUAGAGGGCUGCGCUGUCUGUCCCCCGCGUGCGAUAUUUCAAGCCACGCGCCACCCACCUUCGUCUGCCUCUUUCCUCGCGCCCUUGCCUCCGCGGAAGCACAUCCCUGCGGGCCCAUCUGCUCGGUAACCAAUCCAGUACACUACUGCAGGAUAUAUAUCGCAGUCGUCCCCGGCUCGUCAGGUCCCCAACCUGGCCUCAACCCGUCGUCAGUUCCACAAGAGAGUGGCCGUCUCUCUCACCUCCCCCCGUACCAGCUCCUCGGGCCUUCAGAUUUCAGAUAUCGACAUGGCAGACGUCCGCACCAAAAUCGGCCAUGGAUUGGCCAAAUUCUUCAGUAUCGAGCUCCAGAAACCUCAACCCUACGAGGAUGAGGUUACAAGAGGCGAGUCAGUGUGCUCAACAGACACCUUCGUCGAGGAGCCCCCGACCGCCGGGGAGUACUUUCGGGAGCUCGCACCCUCAGGCAGGCAGGUUCUUGCCUACCUCAAGUCCCUCUUUCCCUUUCUAUACUGGAUCGGGAAGUACAACCUGCAAUGGUUCGCCGGCGAUCUGGUAGCAGGUAUCACCAUCGGCGCCGUCGUGGUCCCUCAGGGUAUGGGAUAUGCAUCACUUGCAAAUCUCGAGCCCCAGUUCGGGCUGUACUCGUCGUUCAUGGGCGUCUUGAUCUACUGGUUCUUUGCCACUUCUAAGGAUAUCACCAUCGGACCUGUCGCCGUCAUGUCUCAAGUGACUGGCAAUGUGGUCUCCGACCUGCGCAAAGAGUUCCCCGACCUCCCAGCGCACUUCAUUGCCUCAGCCUUGGCCAUUCUCUGCGGCGCCAUCGUCCUCUUCAUCGGAGCCAUCCGUCUUGGGUGGAUUGUUGACAUGAUCCCCCUCGUGGCUUUGUCGGCUUUCAUGACUGGGUCGGCCAUCAACAUCCUCGUCGGCCAGGUUCCCACCAUGAUGGGCAUUUCCUUCCCCAAGCCUUGGACCACGCGCGACUCGACGUAUCGCGUCAUCAUCAACACGCUCAAGUACCUCCCGAGGACCAAGCUCGAUGCUGCCAUGGGACUGACGGCCCUUGUCAUGCUCUAUGGCAUUCGAGCUGCGUGUCAGUUCGCCGCCAAGAAGUACCCGAGACGCCAGAAACUGAUAUUCUUCAUAUCGACGCUUCGCACCGUCUUUGUCAUCUUGCUGUAUACCAUGAUCAGCUGGCUUGUCAACAUGCACCGCAGAUCGCACCCCGCGUUCAAGAUUCUCGGGAAUGUCCCCAGAGGCUUCCAGAACGCCGCGGUCCCCAGGCUGGACAAGGAUCUCGCCAGUGGUCUCGUGUCUUACCUCCCGGCCUCAUGCAUUGUGCUCCUCAUCGAGCACAUCGCCAUCUCCAAGUCCUUCGGCCGGGUAAACAACUACGCCAUCAACCCAUCGCAGGAGAUGGUAGCCAUCGGAGUUACGAAUCUCCUUGCGCCGUUUCUGGGUGCCUACCCCGCCACGGGAUCCUUCAGCCGCACUGCCAUCAAGGCCAGGGCUGGAGUCCGGACCCCAUUUGCUGGUGUCAUAUCCGCGAUCGUUGUCCUCCUGGCCAUCUAUGCCCUGCCCGCAGUCUUCUUCUACAUCCCUAGCCCCUCUCUGUCGGCUGUCAUCAUUCACGCUGUGGGUGAUCUGGUGACCCCGCCCAACACCGUGUACCAGUUCUGGCGCGUCUCGCCCUUUGAGGUCUUCAUAUUCUUCGUGGGCGUCUUCGUGACCAUCUUCACAACAAUUGAGGACGGGAUCUACUGCACAAUUUGCAUCUCAGCCGCGAUGCUGCUGUACCGCAUCCUUCGGACCCGCGGCCGCUUCCUCGGACGCAUCAAGGUGCACUCCGUGCUUGGUGACCAGGUCAUUGGCAACGAGUCGAACCGCGCAAUUGGCGAGUAUGGCACCUUCUCGGGCCAGAGAUCGACCCAUCACGAGGAGCCACAGACGCGCAACAUUUUCCUCCCCAUCGACCACGGGGACGGCUCUAACCCUGCCGUGGAACUCGAUGAGCCUUACCCUGGCGUGUUCAUCUACCGCUUCAGUGAAGGUUUCAGCUAUCCCAACGCCAGCCACACCCUCGAGUACAUGACCGACUACAUCUUUGCGCGGACCCGCAAGACCAACAUGCAGGAGUUCGCGCGCCCGGGCGACCGACCGUGGAAUGACCCUGGGCCGUCCAGGCGCGCCCUGAAGAAGGCUGCAGCCGCCAACGUGAACCUCCACGCGGCGGAGGAGAAGCUCCCCACACUCAAGGCCGUAAUCCUUGACUUCAGCUCGGUCAACUUCGUCGACAUCACCUCGGUCCAGCAGCUCAUUGACGUGCGCAACCAGCUAGACCGGUAUACGGCCCCCGAGUACGUCGACUGGCACAUUGCGUGCAUAAACAACCGCUGGACCAAGCGCGCCCUCGUCGCCGCCGGCUUCGGCUAUCCCACAGAGCGGCCCGACGGGCUGCACCACCGAUGGCAGAGCAUAUUCUCCGUGGCCGAGAUAGGCGGUGAGGAUUCGGCGGCCGCGGCAGAGGAGGCGCGGCUGAACGAGAAGACGGUCAGGGAGCGUGAGCACAUGGAGGCCGACGCCGAGGGCGGCCUCCGCACCCACGGCGCGGCGCAGGACAGCAUCAACAUCGCCGAGACGGCCAGCGCCAGCGUGGGCAGCUCGCAUGAGGAGGAACUCAAGGGCUUCAGGGCGACGGCAAGCAAGUCACCCGGCCUCAGGCAGCGGAAGGCCGUCGCCGUGCACGGGCUCAACAGGCCCCUGUUCCAUGUUGACCUGACGAGCGCGCUACAGAGCGCCAUCACGAACAUCGAGGCUAGGAGCUCCGGUGCAGUGAGGAGGUCGGUGGGUAGCGCAGCCGGGGAGGCAGGCAAGGACCUCUAGCUUGUUCCUGUCCUUGGUAUGAUACUUGUUUGCCAGUCACAAAAAACAAUGCCAGCCAUCAUCGACUGCAUUCGCGUGACUGACUGUUCCGGCUCUCGGAUGGGCCAAGCGGCAUUUCAAGGCGCAUCCUACCUGACCUUUGGGAUGCCUGGCGUCAGGCCUCAGCCGCGGCUGGAUGAGUUGACGACCAAGUUUUGGCCGGAAGAUGGAUCCUACGUGACACGGCUCGGUGUAUAGCCGUGCAGAUAGGAUUGGAAAACGGUGGCUACGCCGUGGUGGACUUGUCUCAUUUAUGAUAUCCCCUUGCCGCAAUGUUCAGUAUAUAUUUUUGGGAUUUGACGCCUGUUUGAUUGCUGAGAUUCACAGGGUACAUAGAAAUUAAUUACUUCUGUCCAUG